AAAUUUGUUACAUGGGCCUACUGUAAGAAAAGAAAGAGGCCCAAAUAAAAGCCUAUAGUUCAUUAGCAAAGCCUGCAUUUAGACUCUUCCAGAUCUCCAAACAAUGCAAUUAUUAGACUUCUCCUCCGCCUUUCUCCACCCACGCGCCGCCGCGUUAGCCACCACCUCCGGCGUAACAAUUUCCACAAAAUUCCACUCUACAAACGUAUUGACACCCUACUUUCCACCUUCCACGACACUACAUCUACCUUCCUCUCCCUCACGUAGAUGUUUCACGUGCCGAAUCGGCGACGAUGAUUAUUGUAGCGAGGAUGAAACUGAAACCGAUGAAGAUGAUUAUCUGGUUGAUUUCUUGACAGAUGGAAAGACGGAGGAUUUGGUGGUGGUAGGCGACGAUGGGGUUCUCAUAGAGGUGAAGAAGCUCGAGAAGAGCUCGCGGCGAAUCCGUUCGAAGAUUGGUAUGGAGGCGAGCCUCGACGCCGUGUGGAGCGUAUUGACUGAUUACGAGAAGCUGUCGGAUUUCAUCCCGGGCCUUGUCGUUAGCGAGUUGGUCGAGAAGGAAGGCAACCGUGUUCGUCUUUUCCAGAUGGGGCAGCAGAACUUAGCAUUGGGUCUUAAGUUCAAUGCCAAAGCCGUUCUUGAUUGUUUCGAGAAGGAGCUUCAGAUUCUACCCAAUGGGAGGAGACGCGAAAUCGAUUUUAAGAUGGUCGAAGGAGAUUUCCAAUUGUUUGAAGGCAAAUGGUCCAUUGAACAAUUAGACAAAGGGAUUCAAGGGGAGGCUUUGGAUCUACAGUUUAAAGAUUUUCCGACGACGCUUGCAUACACUGUAGAUGUUAAGCCGAAGAUGUGGUUACCUGUGCGGCUUGUGGAAGGAAGAUUGUGCAAAGAGAUAAAAACUAACCUUUUGAGUAUUCGAGAUACAGCUCAGAAAGUCAUUGAAGGUGUUAUCCAUGAUCUUUGAGUUUUCUUUCUCAAGUUGAAGUAGUGUUCUACUUCUCUGCAGGUUAUAGAUAAGAUACAAUAAGCCUUUAUAGGUUUUUGUUUUGGAUUAUUUAUGAAAGCUUAUGUAAUUGGCUUUACAUACACGCAGUAUUCCACUUGUAUACUCUGAUCUAUAUAGUCUUUGAAUAUACCAAAAUUUUCCAACA